AGGGACGCGUGUCCAGGGAUCUCCGGCCGGGGGCAGACGAAGUGCGGGAACUGCUGAGCCCAGCCUUCCCUUUCCCACCCUUGUUUAUCCUCACGAUCGCCCCCAGUGUAGCCCUGCCCAGGAAGAGGGUGUACUGAUGGGGGCACGUGGAUCCCGAGGUCAGCCCUGGGGUUCAAGCUCCGCCCUCUCAGCCCCUCCAGCUUGGUCUGCACAGCUUCCUGCUUCCAGCACUCUCGCCCGCAGCACCAUGGCAGUAACUGUCUACCUUUCCUGCCUCCUGGCCCUGUUGGUGGCAGGCCUGCCCCAAGGCAUCAAAGGCUCCCUCAGGAACCAGGAUCCAGGUCCCCAGCCACUGGAGCUGAAACAGGUCUUCAUGUUGUUCCAGACCCAGUACAACCGGAGUUACUCAAACCCAGAAGAGUAUGCUCAUCGCCUGGACAUCUUUGCACGCAACCUGGCCCAGGCUCAGCAGCUGGAGGCGGAAGACUUGGGCACAGCCGAGUUUGGGGUGACUCCAUUCAGUGACCUCACAGAGGAGGAGUUUGGCCAGCUCUAUGGGCACCAGAGGAUGGCUGGAGAGGCACCCAGCGUGGGCAGAAAGGUGGGGUCGGGAGAGUCGGUGCCCCGCAGCUGUGACUGGCGAAGGUUGAAGGGCAUCAUCUCACCCAUCAGGCAGCAGGAAAACUGCAACUGCUGCUGGGCCAUGGCCACAGCGGGCAACAUCGAGGCCCUGUGGGGCAUCAAAUACAACCAGUCGGUGCAAGUCUCCGUGCAGGAGCUGCUUGACUGUGGCCGCUGUGGGGACGGGUGCAGGGGUGGCUUCGUCUGGGAUGCCUUCAUAACUGUCCUCAACAACAGUGGGUUGGCCAGUGAAAAGGACUACCCAUUCCGGGGGGACGUCAAACCCCACAAGUGCCUGGCCAAGAAGUACAAGAAGGUGGCCUGGAUCCAGGACUUCAUCAUGCUGCAGGACAACGAGCAGACAAUCGCCUGGUACCUGGCCACCCAAGGCCCCAUCACCGUGACCAUCAACAUGAAGCUACUGCAGCAAUACCGGAAGGGUGUGAUCAAGGCCACACCCGCCACCUGUGACCCCCGGCUUGUGGACCAUUCUGUCCUGCUGGUGGGUUUUGGGACGAGCAAGUCAGUGGCGGGGAGGCGGGCAGAGGGAGGCUCAUCCCAGCCUCAUCCUCGCCGCCCAAUCCCAUACUGGAUCCUGAAGAACUCGUGGGGUGCUGAAUGGGGUGAGGAGGGCUAUUUCCGGCUGCACCGCGGAAGUAAUACCUGCGGCAUCACCAAGUACCCGCUCACGGCCCGCGUGGACCUAUCGGCGAAGAAGCGUCCGGUGUCCUGCCCUCGCUGAGCCUGCGCCGCCGCGCUUCAGCCCUCUCCCGCUGUGCCCGCUGUCUCCUUGUUGCCCCCACCCCAGGCUUUUGCCUGUCCUCCUAAUCCUGCUAUGGCUUGAAUAAACCAAGAUGAGCUCCC